CACUUCUUGUGUCUCAAUUCCUUUAGCCUCCCAAACCAAGAAAGCUAGAAAGUUCUCAUCUUUAAAAUUUCUGAAGAAAAGACAUGGCCUCCACUGCCCUCUCCAGUGCCGUAGUGAGCACCUCCUUCACCCGCCGGCAACCGGUGACUAGCCUUCGGGCUCUACCCAAUGUCGGCCAAGCCCUUUUCGGCUUGAAUUCAAGCCGUGGAGGAAAGUUCAAGGCAAUGGCAGUACACAAAGUGAAGCUGAUAACUCCAGAGGGGGAAAAGGAGCUAGAGUGCCCUGAUGAUGUCUACAUCCUUGACCAUUUUGAGGAAGCUGGUGUCGACCUACCAUACUCAUGCAGGGCUGGUUCUUGCUCAUCCUGCGCUGGAAAAGUUGUAUCCGGAACCCUUGAUCAGUCUGAUGGUAGUUUCCUUGAUGAUGAACAGAUGGAAGCUGGUUGGGUUCUUACUUGUGUUGCUUAUCCACAGUCUGAUCUUGUCAUUGAGACACACAAGGAAGAAGAUCUUGUUGCUUAAAUUUAAUUGAAGUUGGGUUAGUUCACAACCCAGAAGAGUCUUUCUUUCCUUCUUGAUUUCUUUCAAAUUAAGUAUGCUUGGUUCAUGGGGUUGGCUUAGUUUGUUCUUGAUGAUAACAUUGUUAUGUUCCUAGUUAAUCCAGUAUUUUUAAUGUUUGCAGUCACAAACGAAACUCUUUGUAGCUUAAUAAAUUUUUAUAUUUAUCUUCUA